AUUUAAUUAAAAUUCUAAUGGGAGCUAAUCAAAGUAAUCAACAAGCAUAACACGAAAAGAAGCGUCCAAGAAAGAGAGAUCUCUUGAUGGGCUUGUGUAUGAGUUAACUACAACCCAAGGAUGCAUAAGCGAGAAGCAGAUUGUAGAAGAGUCUUUCUGAGAAUAUGAAAUGUCAAACACAGGACAUAUUAACUAAGAUGAGUGAUGAGGAAAUGCCUAAACAUUCAAUUAAAAUAUUACAAUACUUUUUAAAUUUCCUUUCAAUCAAGGAGUGCAUACAACUCAAACUGGUUAAUAGAAAACUGAAAUUCAUGAUCGAAAUGAGUAGUAACAUUUACUCAAACUUUCUCAGCCAGUAUUAUUUGAGAAAGUUGUAGUUACACUGUUUUGUAGAAUAUGGAUUACAUCGGGGAUUUGCGUCUGUAUUCUCUGAACAAUUAUUGAAUAUUGAGACAAACUAAGAUGAAUCCUGGAUACGGAUAUAUGCAAAUUUCCAUAAAAGCAUAUCCUAAUUGAGGAGAAUUGAAGAAGAAAUAUCGUCUCAUUUCAGCAUAGAUUAUUCCAUAACAGAAAAAAUACUAGAAAUCUGCAGAAAUCCCACAUUCCCUAUUCCAAUUUUGACUGAUGACGUACUUAAACAAUCAACCACAAGUUGGUUUCAGUUAGAGCUUGCCCAAAAAACAACUGACUACAGUGCUGUAGAAAGAGUCCCUCUCUUAGAUUAAUUGACAGAUAAAUUAUAUGCAGAAUGUGAGGCCACUUUCAAUAAAGACAAUAUAAUACACACUCAAUUAUUAUUUGAAUUAAGAUGGAUUAUCAUAGACAACUUCAUAAAGGAUCCAAGUUCUUUAGAAUAACAUAAUGUUCCAAUAUUGCUUAAGUUACUGGCUCAACUACUUCAUUUCAUUUAUCAAAGAUGCAUUUUUAGUAGAAAUGUCUUGACCAUCAUUAAGCAAAACAAGAAGCCAGCCUUAUUUUUAAAUAUGUAUUCAGUGUUGUGGGAAUCAUUCAUCGGAAUUGUUUGGGCACUAAAUAGAUCCCUUAAGAAGAUGUAUAAUAAAUUGGAUUAGUUAUUUAAUAAAUACUACACAACUUAAUUUCCUUAAAUCACAUUCACUAGUGCACUGGUCAGAUUAUGGACAUAGAUUGUUAUCAAAGGAACCAAGAAUGUUGAAAAUGAUCCUAUAGAAAAUGAAUUGUUCUUAUCGUUUGAUACAAUUUUGAGAAAUAAAAGAAAUUUAUUAUUUGAGUAUUUCACCAAAGAUUAAAUCCAAAACCAGAAACAAUCAAUAAGUCAUAUUGUUGAUGAUGAUUAUUUUAAAUACUGUUCAAGUGCAGUUGAUAGUUUGUUAAACAAAUUUACCUCAAAUAUCCUUGACUUGUCCUUGCAUGAACAAAGUAUUCAUUGGAUUGGACAUUCUUAAGUUAAAGUUGGAUAACUCUAUGGAUCCAUCUUAGAAAUUGUAGUCAAAUAGACAAAUGAACUUUACAAUCAAGCAUCCAUAUAAUUCUCUACAAACUUUACCGUCUUUAAAGAUUACAUAUAAGCUGAAACCAGAUACAUGUAAGAAAUCCUGAAUUAAUGGACUGUAUAAGUGUGCAUCUUACCAAUCGGAAUAAAUUACUUGUAUGACAAAAUUAAAAUCAAUCUCAGACAAUAUGUUCUAUCUUGCUAAUUAAACUCCUGCAUUGUAGAGUAAAGUAAUUUUGAGGAGAAUAUUUUGGAAUCUUAAAUUAUACCCCCAAAUCUUCAAUUUAUCAAAUUUAAUGAACCAGAUGAAUUAUCUUCAAGAAUUGAGAGAGAAGAUUCUAUUUUAGAAAGUUUCAUUUGCUAAAUAUUGAAAGAAGAAAUGCCACAAACUGUAGGAGUGUCUCAAUUGGUUUAAUAACAUCAACAAUAAUCAAUUUACUAGCAAUAGUUCAAUAUGCCUAAAAUCUCCUCAACUAAGCAGCAAAGCAUUAUUGAAGGAGAUUACAGUAAACUCAGAAUGCUUUCAACUUUCUCUGCAAGUACUAGAGUUAGUUAAGUUACAUAACUUACUAGUGUUCUUAGUUAAUAGAUACUUUCAUCCAUAAGAUCAAACCUCAAUAUGUUCUAAGUUAAGGAUAUUAGAUAUAAAUUGGAGAACAAUUAAUGGGCCACUUAUUUGAAGGACAUCCAUGUUUUGGAAGUAGAAAACAAAAUCAAAAUUGAUAAGAGAAACAACCAAAUCUAAAUGAGAAAUUUCAUGAGACAAAUACCUUAAGAUUUAGAAGAAUCAUUCAACAAUAUCAUCGACUUUACAAAGAUUUGGAAUUUGUUAGAUACUCAAAACAUCUAUUUAUCAACAGACGAUUUGGCCAAUAUUGAAAUAAAUAAACAGUUUCCUUAAAGAGUUUUCAGCGAAAUCCAAUUCGGAGAUGGGCUGUUUGCAUCAUAUUUCUAAUAAGUAUGAUUUACUGUAUUAGAAGUGAUUGUUUAUUUAAGUAAUUCAUUAUUAAUUAUUCUUUAUUCUCUA